CUACGAGCUACUUCCGCUUCACUCUACAAACAAGAGUGUCGACCAACACGAGCACUAUAACCUUUACAGCCUAAGCUUUAACCUUCAUAGUUUAAACCAACUCGAAGCCUUAAUUUUACUCGUCUAGGUCGUAUUUAAGUUUUUCCUCUCGUUUUUUAUUCGCGUGGUGAUUAGAAGUAUGACUUUAAGUCUUGGAAUUAGGCGAACGGCCGCGUUGAGUAUUCUCGCGCAGGGCGCGCACACGACGCUCGUGCCUGGGCCCGCACUCAAAGCGCGGACCGAGGACGAGCUGGACGGGUGCGCGGAUGAAAUGGACGCCACACUAAAGCCGUUAAAACCGGGAACGAGCAGUCUGAAGGGACUACAACUCGAGGGGCGCUUCGUGUCUGCGACGGAUGGAUCUCUACCCUCCACCCCAGAUCCGCAAGAGUUCGAUUCCGCCGAACUGGAUCGUGAUACGCGACAGCUUUUGUUGGAUUUCUAUCUCACACACACAGGAAUGUGUUCGUCAGGCCGGAAGCAUCAUCACGCCUUACCGACAAUGAAACGCCUGGUCGAUGAUAUUCUUGUAAAGCACAGGAUCGCAUACAAAGGAAUGUUGCAGCGUCUGGAGCUCGACUCUCAACCAGACGACAUGAGCAUCGUCGGCUCUAUAGCAAAAACCAUGUUCAAAGACGACACCACCAACUGGGGCCGGAUCGUGAGUCUUGUGGCGUUCGGAGCCGCUGCGUGUUCGCAACUGAGGGAGCUGAAGAGGGAUCGGUGCGUCGAGAUGGUGGCCGAGCAGAUCUCCUCAUAUCUGAUCUCAGAACAGCACAACUGGCUCCUCAACAACAAAGGCUGGCAAGGAUUCGUGGAGUUUUUCCACGUGGAGGACAUGGAGUCUGUUGUUCGAAACGCUUUGAUGGCCGUCGUCGGCUGCGCAGGCAUCGGCGCCGGUCUCGCUCUCCUCAUCCGAUGAAAUUGGGUUACCACAUGCCCCGUGUGGUCGCUGCACUCAUUCCUCUAUACGCACAUUAGCGUGGCGUUUGGAUGCACAAACUCCUGCUGUGCUCUGCUGGACUCCGCUUUGAGCCCAACACGUGCUCUCACCAUCCCAGCGCACAAAGCACUAAAGAUUGGGCUCUUCGAGAGCCAGACAUAAGCAUGCAAAUAAUAUUUUCUGAUUUUAUUUUUCUAAUAAAAAGCAUUCAGAAAUGUG